AUGCUUCUCACUGGAUUCACAUCAAAGCAUGCACUCACUUUUAAGCCUCUCAUGUCAAGAGCAUUCUCCAUCUCUGCCGCUUUAAACAAAAGUAUUCCCUUGUCGUCAAAUGCCUACUUGCAUUCUCACGACACCGGCAACAAGGACCGUUUUGCCAUUUCAUACUUGUCCGAUAAAGACGUUCCCAAUCCUGAAGCAUUGAAGCCAGAGCUGAUUGUAGGAUGGACUCCCGAACAAGAUAGAGUGGAUCCAAAAACAUUCAUUGAAAACGCUAAAUUCGUGGACUUUUUGACUACCGUUUUAAGAGAAAAUGUGCACAAAGUGGAAGACAAAAACCUGAAAGCAAUGGCAGAUUGGCAAAAAGAAGGUUGGUUACAUAUCGGUGAUGAACGUAACCCACCCGCAUGGGGUAGGAUCAAUUUCCCGGAAGACAUCAUUGGAAGCGUAGAGCUUGACAAUGGAAAGAUUAAGGAAGGAUCGUAUCAGCCUAUGCCAGCUCAUAGAAUCAUCACCAACAAUGGUUUGUUUCAACUAUCAGAGCCCUUGACGAAAUGUGUUGUGGAAGCGGCUAGAAAAACUGCAGCAUCUUGA